CUCAUCAAAACCAAACCAAAAACUCCUUCUAAGAACACUUCUCUCUCUCUCUCUCACACUUUAAACACUCAAAAAAGGGUUAAAUAUAUCUAUAUCUAUAUCUAUAUCUAUAUAUUAUUUGAUGGAUUAUCAACAAGGAGAAAACCAAGAAGGUAUAGUAUUAGGGCAAAACAUGAGUCAAAAUAACAAGAAGAGGUUAAGCGACGAACAAGUGAGAGUCCUCGAGAGAAACUUCUGCUACGAGAAGAAGCUAGAGUCAGAGCACAAGCACCAGCUGGCUAACCAGCUGGGCAUCCCAGCGCGCCAGGUGGCAGUGUGGUACCAGAACAAGCGCGCUAGGUGGCGAACACAGAGUCUGGAAGUGGAUUGUACUACUCUCCAAUAUAGACUCGAUGCUGCUCUGGCUGAGAAGAAACAGCUCGAGAAAGAGCUUCUUGUGCUUCGUGGUGAACUUCACUUAGCACAAGAAGCUCUCCGAUUAACCAAUAAUAAUAAUAAUAAUAAUAAUAAUAAUAAUUUUUCUUCUUAUUGUACUAGUGAUGAUCAAGAACAAGAAGGAGAUGGAAGAAGUUGUUCAAGCUUUUCUGAUAUUAAUAAUAAUCAUCAAAUUAAUGAUCAUAAUAAUGUCAUUAAUAAUUAUGAUCAUGAUGAUGAUAAUUAUGAUCAAGUUCUUCAGAUAGAUCAUGAGUUUUUUUCUAACUUGAUUGAUUGGUAGUAAUAGUAAUUAGUGAUGAUCAUAUUGAUAUGUAUUAAUUAAUUGCAGCAUUAUAUUAUUGGAUAUAUAUAAUUAUAUGUAUUAUUAUUAUAUUAUUGAUGAUGAUAGUGUUAAUUUGUAAUAUGAUUUAUUUUUAUUAUUGGUCCCACAAAUUUAAUGAUAUUGUUGAAUUUUUUUUAUUAUUAAUAUAAUAUAAUAUAAUUUCCAUUAUAUAUAUACAUACAUAUGGUUGAAAGUAAUUAUUAACAUUAUAUAAUUAAUUGCACUCUGUUUUGGAUUAGUCAUGAAGUGAAA